GAAGAGGAAGAAGAGGAAGAGGAGGAGGAGGAGGAGGAGGAGCGGCGCCGGCGGCACCGGGCGAGGUUGCAACGCGUCCGCCCGCCUCGGGGAGUCGCAGUCGAGGAACGGAGCAGGCAGGCAGCGGGCGCCCCCUGCAGCCGGGACAGGCAGUUUGACAUGUUUCAAAUUCCUGUGCAAAAUCUUGAUAAUAUAAGACGAUCUCGAAAGAAAGUGAAAGGUAUUCUUGUGGAUAUUGGACUUGACAGCUGUCAAGAGUUACUUCAGACUCUGAAAAGUUUUGAUCCAGGAGAAAAAUAUUUCUCUAGUACUUCAUGGAAUGAUGUAUCUCAUUGGGACAGUGUUGCUAAAAGAAAGAGAUACAGAACAAAUCCAUAUUGCUGCAGCUUGUGCAAAUUUUCAUCAAAAUUUCUUAAUUCUUUCAAAAAUCACCUGACUCGCUACCAUGAAGAUGAAAUGGAUCAAGAGUUAGUUGUUCCUUGUCCAGAAUGUUCAUUUGCUUCGCAUUCUAAGAUAGUAGGAAAACACCUCCGAAUGUUUCACUCCAAGAAGAAAAUACAAAAUUAUAAUGUGAGUGGUGGUAUGAAACAAUUCCGGAAUGAUGCAGUAAACUUUGUAUGCCAGAAGUGUCAAUUUUCUGACAUGCUCUACUACAAUACAAAGAAACAUGUGUUGGUAAGCCAUUUUCAAAAUCUAAUAAGCACAUAUUUUGAGGAGAGGCCUGAUGACAGCGAAGAGAACUUUACUGAUCACUACUGUAAAAAGUGUAAUGCUUUUGCAAAUAGCCGGGAUUCUUUAAUAUAUCAUGUCUUAACCUCUGAAGUACAUAAAGAUCUGGAGAACAUAUUGGGACGUGUAAUUUCAGUUCAGCCUAAAAAAACAGGACAAAUGAAAUCACUGCAGAUUAUCAAUAUUGCUCCCAAGCCGUCUACAAUCAAUACUGUUUCACAACUGAUUCCUACCUCUGUAGGAUCAAAUUCUACACCACGUUUUCAACUUCCACUUCCAUCAGUUAAUCAGAAUCAAAAUACGGUGCCGACAAAAGCAGUUCAUAACGUGGUUGCACCUUUGAGCGUUUCAGGUAGCGCCAAUACUAUGACAGCUUCGACUUCUGCUGACCGGUUACAUAUUGCCCUUCUUUCUGGUUCUCGCCCAGCAAAUCAGAAUAGUGCUGGUCUUCAGCCUGGAGUUUCCCAACCAGUCUUUGUUUCUCAUCGUUUCCCCUUAAAACAGCCAGUAAGACCCAGAGUUCUUUGCUUAAAUCAACCCACAGGAAACAUAAGCAGAGCUGUUCCUCCAGGAGUCAUUUCUUUCACUCGACCUAUCAGGCCUUCUGUGCUUCCUGUAGGUAAUCAAUCAGUCAGAACUAUCAGCAAUCCAAUUAUGCCAGGGCCUGGUCCUAUUCCCGUUAACAGGCCUUCGUCACCUGGCAUCCUUGCUGUAAAUCGGCCUAUUGGCAGUGGGCCUGGUGUUCUUCCAGUUCCCCAAACAAUUACAUCGGGAGUUCUUCAGUUUAACCAUCCAGUCACACCAGGAGUUCUUCCUGUAAACCCAUCUGCUGGACCUGGGAUUGUACAGUUUAAUCAGCCUGUUACACCAGAGGUUAGACCUGGAGUGUCUCAAAAUGCUACUUUACUUGCCACUGGACCUGUGCUCAGACAGUUAAUUCCAACUGGCAAACAAGUCAAUGGAAUACCUACAUACACUCUUGCACCAGUUUCUGUGACUUUGCCUGGGCCACCAGGUGGUGGGGUGGCAACGGUUCCACCGCCUCUGGUACCUGUUCAGUUGAUGCCAUCUGGCCCAGUUGCCCAGCUGUCUCAGGGUCCUGCUACUGUGCCAUCUCCUGUUGCAGUAAGUUCUACAAAUACUCUUACCAAGACUUCUCCAACCAGUACUGCAAUGAAUCUAGUUCUUAAACAGGCUAAGCAAUGGAAGACUUGCCCUGUUUGUAGUGAGCUUUUCCCAUCAAAUGUCUAUCAAGUACACAUGCAAGUGGCCCACAAAUGUAGCACAUCUAAGACGGAGAUGACUUGUGAAAUAGACAAAGUUGCUGUCUGUGCACCUUUUCUGAGGUGGCUAAAAGAUAAGACGGUGCGAUGUUUUUCUUGUAAAUGCUUUCUAACUCAGGCAGAGCUUUUAAAACAUAUUUUUAUCCAUGGGUUAAGUUGCCUCUUCUGCACCAGUAUUUUCUAUGAUUUAAAAUGCCUUGUGACACACACACAAACUGCGCAUAAUGGAAAGAAGGAACUGCACUCAGAUUAUGAUGAUAAAGGGUUUCAGCUUGCGAGGGAUUCUGAAGGUCAGCUAGUAUUCCCUCAUUUUGACUUCAGUAUAACUUCGAAAGAAUUUUGUGAAAGAGAAGUGCAUCUUGUUGUACUCGCUGGUGUAAAUUCAAGGACACUUAUUCCUUUGUAUAUCAAACUGCAACAAGAGGAUGCUGAAAUGAGCAGCGAGAACAAGAAAGUUUCUACUUGCCCUUUUUGUUACGAUACUUUCACUAGCACAGAUGCUUAUGAAAUGCACUUGAAAGAGCAGCAUCACAUCAUGCCAACUGUGCACACCAUUUUGAAGACUCCUGCUUUUAAAUGUAUCCACUGCUGUGGAGUAUACACUGGCAACAUGACUCUGACAGCUAUAGCUGUGCAUUUGCUUCGAUGCCGUAGUGCUCCUAAAGAGACCUCGCCAGCUAUGAAGAUGCAGGUUGACCUUGAUGAGAAGCAGGAUCUACCCCUUAUGAAUGGGGAGAACCAUGAGGAUGCUUCUCUUUCAGCCAAGAGGAAGCAGUCUGAUCAUCUUUAUGCUGCUUCUGUUUCAGAAGACCAAAGCGAUGAGGAUCCGCCGUUCUUCAUUAUAAAUAAUGGUACAGCCCAAAUUCCAGUAAAGGAGGUGAAUCGUGUGCCUUCGAAACGACAAAAGUCUGAUCAUAAAACUGAAACCAAGGGAGAGACUUCAGUUGAAGAUCUUCAUCUGUUGGUUUUGAAUCCGAAGCCAUUCCAACAAAGCUCAAAUGAAGUCCAAAAAAGGUUUCUUGCAGAUUAUUUUCACAAGAAGCCAUAUCCCAGUAAAAAGGAACUAGAAUUGCUGUCAUCCAUGCUACGUGCAUGGAAAGUGGAUGUUGCAUCAUUUUUUGGGAGAAAGAGAUACUUCUGCCUAAAGGCAAUAAAAAACGUUAAGCCAUCUGUGCUUUUGGGCUUUAGUAUGUCAGAACUUAAAAAUGUAAAGCACAAUUUGAAUUUAAAAUGUAAAUUGGAGGAUGUAUAAUUUUUUUUAAAAAAAGUAGUCCUGAUAUCAGGCAACCAAGACUGCAUAUUACAUCAGAAACUAUUCCACUUAAUUUUUUUGUAAUAUUAAAAUAUUACUGUUCUUUGGCUAUAUUUGCAUACAGUAGUAAAUUAGAAUUACAAAAAAAUAUUAUCAUUCACAAGCAUUUUUACUUUGUCCAAUCAGUCCUUUGUUCUGUCCAUCACUAACACUGACUAUAAUAAGAAAUCAGCAAGAAGAAAUCUCCUUUUAGGUAAACACAGGUUACUAUAGUUCUGACUAGUGGAUGGUACCAAGGUUGAGUCACAGGGCAAUGUGCUGCUCCUGAAUGAUAAACUAGAUUUUUUUAGAAUCAUAGCUCACUAUUUUGUGUGAACACAAUCAGUGCUGUGGGGGUGUAUUUCAGAAUACCUGAAGUUCUAGUUCCUUUUGUUCUGUUUUGUUCCCUUGCUUAUGAUGUAGUUUUGUCCAUGGGAUUUUAUACAAUUGUGUAACAAAUUUCUAGAUUUUUUUUUUUGAAAAAAACAAUUGCUUCUAAAAAAAAUAAAGUGUAUAGUUUUGGUAACAUAUCAAAAUUGGUUAGAUGAUUAUAACAGUGUAAAAGAAUCAUCCCCUCUGUUUAAAAUUAAGAUGCUUGGCUUUCAAUAUGACCUUAUCACACUUUAAAAUGUUCAAACUUGGCAGUGUAUAGCCAGUACCAAAUGCAAAAAUACUGAUAUUAAAACACUUAUUUGCUCCUGUAGGUACAAUGGUACACAUGAGAUAAUUUCAAAUGCUGUUUCUGAAUUUCUCCUUAGUAAGAAAUUCUAGAUCUUUCAAGUAUUGGUAAUGCAUCUUGGAUUAAAUAAAGUUAGGAGCUACCUGUUCAAUUAAGAUGUAUUUGUCUUCCUCAUAUACCCCAAAUAUGCUACUAUAAUUCUUAAUUAUGCCAUUCUUGCUACAGAAUUCUGUGAGGUGAAGCUCAUGUAUUUGGAAGGUGUCCAGGUUGGAAAAAUUGAUGUAGACUAAAAUGGCUGUCUAGAGCUAACUUUACUUAAUGCUGUAGCUUGCUGCGAGCAUUCUAGUUUGCAUUUUGUUCCAGAAAGGUAUAGGUAUUGCAUUCAUGACUGUUAAUCCCUUGUGCUGACAAAUAGUCAAGAACAAUAUUGGAAAUAAAUUCUUGACACUUUGCUAUCUUGCUGUGAAGACUGCCUUGGAAUAUGGGAUUAAAGACAACUUCUUCAGCAAUCUAGUGUGGGAAUAUGUUGCAUUGCGAUUGAUACACACAUGUGUACAUGUGAAAAAAUGCUUGCCAUUUAUAAGCUUUGGGUUAUUUUUCUUCAAAAUGCAGAGUGAAAACUUCUGCCAUAGUGGUCAAUGGUUUGAUACUAUGAAUAGAUAAUAGUUUUGUCUAAAAUUAUUCAAGAGAUAAGCCUGUUAGACAUUUUAAAACAAAAAUACAGCUAAAGCUGUUAGCAGUUUUAUUACUACUUUUUAAAAUAUGUUGGGGCAGUGGAUGAUUGAACAGUUUCUAGAUCCAGGUUAGUCUUUAGCCCCUAGAAGAUAACUAGCUAUUCAUUUGAACAGCAUAGCUUAUUACUGCCCUAUCAGAGAACAUUUUGGUUGCAGACUUUACAGUGCAUUUUAGUUAUUAAAAACGUUUCUUAUGGCAAGACUUGUUUUGCCGAAAUUGCAUGUAACUAAUUGCAAUUUAAGCACUUGCAUUGCAGGCUGUUUAGAUUUCUAUAAUUGGCAGAGAAUUGUAAUAGGGUUUACUGGUUUGGUUUCUGUUCUUUCACGAAGCCUCAUUUUCUAGGAGUUAUGUCAAGGCAGAGAUAUUUAAAUAUAAUUUAUUAUUGCUGGAGAUAUAGAAACUGAAAGGUCACACCUGUACUAGAACUGAUAAUUAUGUAGCAGGAAUGAAGGUCUUGGAAGACCUGGCCACCGAAAGCAAGAAUAGUUUUCAUGGCUCCCACUUCAUCUUUCAGGAUUAUUGAGAGAAAUAUUAGAUUCUGAAGUGAAGAAUAACAUUGACUAAACGUAUAUACUAUGCACAAAAUAAAAGUACUGCAGCCAAUUAAAGAUAAGACAACUACCUGCUCUGGAAGAUGGUAGAUUCCAAGAUUAAACUGAGGGGAGUUUAAACUGUUAUUUGGUCAAAAUUCAUACAGUAUAAAGUCUUAUUUUUAGAAAAGGAGAAUGAAUACACUUAUUGUCAUUGCUAUUGUUACUGUAUUUUAAAACUACUGUAUAACUGUUUGAUUACUUACCAACAUUGGAAAUGGAGUUGUUACAAUAGUAGUGCUUUUGCUUAAGAGUUUCCUGCAUUUCAUUUUAAUUAUUUGUAUCCCACAUUAUUUUUACAAAUAACUCAAGGUGGCAAAUAUAUCUAACAUGCCUUCCUCCCCCUAUUUUCCUCACAUCAACAACCCUGUGAAUUGGGCUGAGAGUGACUGGCCCAAGGUUACCCAGCUGGCUUUCACGGCAAAGGCGGGAUUAGAACUCAUGAUCUCCUGCUUUCUAGCACGAUGACUUAAUCACCACCAAACUGGUGUUCAUUUCUUUGCAAGUACUGGCUCAAAGUUAUGGAGGAGCAAAAUUAAUACAAUGUGGUAUCUGUGAAUUCAAACAUAGCUUUUGCAUCUGUGCUAUAUUGUAGUAAUUUACUAUAUACUGCUUCAGUGCUUAGCUAAUUGGUGGGAGCCCAACCUAGCCAGCAGCAAGUUAUAUGGACGGAUAGUUUUGCUCUAUACAUGUUUCUCAUUACAGUGAUAGGAUCUUGUUCCUUUUUUUAAUGAAACAACUCUGCAUUGAUUCUAUCUUAAUGAUGGCAUUCACCUCCAGUUAUAUACCUUGCUAGUAAUUCACAUAGAGGAAUCCAGAGGCCAGACUGAAAAAUUAUCUAUAAUUGUUUUUUGAGUGGUCAUCAGUAAAAUCACAUGAUACACUUUUCUUUCCUACAUUUAGUUUACUGAUUUAGGAGAGGUUGAAUAGUUUCUGAUGUAUGCACCGAUGUUAGUACUUUACCAUAUACCAUAUCAUUAGGUGCAAUGAACAGUUGCUUCCAUGUAAAAGGCUAUAUGGUCAGAUCUGAAAAUGAAAUUAAAUGCUUCAACUUGUUCUUAUACCAGAUAUGAUGGAUGUAUUCCCCUUGAAGUAAAACUUAAAAAGGCUUAAAUGAGUUAUAUUGUUACCCUUAGUAAGUGUAAAUUCAUAAAAACUAGAAUUCUGA